AGUUUUUGAAAAAUUCUCAGCUUGCCGAGUCCACAAUUUACAUGUUUAAGUUUUAAUACAAAAAAACAAUUUAUCAGUUUCUGUUAAUAUUAAAAAGAGUAUUAAACUUUUCCUCCAUCAGAAAACUAUUGAAAUCUAACAAAAUACUUGCUUAAAGAUCGUUUUUCAAUUAAAUGUGAAAUUUCUCAGUAGCGUAAUCUGUUGAAAUUGGAGAAGAAAUGGCUACUAACGGUCAAAACUUUGACAAGGAGCAAGAAAUAAAAGCGCUCAAAGACAGUUUGUGUCGUAUACUUGGUUCUUUAAGUCGAGUACCAACAGAGAAGGAAAUAAAAACAGCUUUCAAAGAUCAGGAAGGUUACAAUAUUAAUGUAGCAUUGGAAAAAAUUGACGUAACUCUUAUUCACUUUUUACGUUUUCAUUGUAAAUCUUUUUGUGAUGUUUAUCGGCUUGAUGGUAAUGUGAAAAUCCUUCGUCUCUUUGAACCAUCAAGUCAAGUUGGUCAAAAUAAGAAACAUAAAAAACAUCAGAAAAAUAUUCCAAAAUUGCAUGUCAAUGUUGGAAAAGUGGAUGCACGAAACCCCCAAAGCAAAAUUCCUUUAAAUAAAUCCAAAAGCGUUGCAAAUUUAUCAGAGAAAGUCGAUGACGAACUAUCGCAAUAUAUUUAUAACAGAAAAUCAAAAACUUCACUCGAGACUGAUGUUUCUCCUGAUAAAGUAAAUAAAACAACUUUGAGCGUCAACAGUUCUUCUGAAUUUCCUUGUUUGAAAAAAGAAUCUGAAGAAACAGUUUUAAGUGAAAUUCUUAACGAAGGAAAUAACAAAAAAUCGGAUUUGGAAACAACAAACGAUUUUAAUUUCGAGAAUUUGGAUAAAAGUUUGACAGAGAUUCAGAGGGAAGUUGCAGAAGAAAAACAAAUUGAUGAGUCAAGAAGAUUUGAAACUGCAGAUGAUUCAAUGGAUUGCAGAUUUUCGAACGGUUCAGGCAAUCAACAAGCAGCUUCCGACUUUCAGUUGGAAUAUUUCAUGAAAAUUCGCUAUCCAGAAAUCAUUGAUGAUCCCAAAGUUUCAAUUCCCACUCCAAAACUUAAGAUUAUUACCGAUAGAAUUCUCUUUGAGAUUCGCAUAACGAUGGCUUAUUCGCCUACACAGUUUUGGUUUCAAUAUGGUGAAGAAACUUUAUUCAUUCAUAUGAAAAGUUUGAAUGAGUUUUAUGGCCGCUUACCUGUCGGUCAUUUGGUGAUUGACAAGUCAAAUGUGAGAAUUAAUUUGGUAGUUGCGACAAAAUUUCACGAUACUUGGCAACGUGCUCGAAUCUUAUCGGAAGUGAACGAUGAAAACAAUGUUCAGGUGUUCUUGGUGGAUAUUGGCUGCACAUGUUGGAAAUCAUUAUCAAACAUUCGUUAUUUGUUGAAAAUGUUCUCAAUGUAUCCAAUGAAAGCUUUGAAAGGCGCUCUUAGUGGAAUUCGGCCAAGAAAUGGAGAAAACUUUUGGAGUGAAGAAUUUAGUCGUCAUUUCUGUUCUCAUGUCUUUGACAAAAAGCUCUUUGGAGCUAUUAAAAGUCUUCGUCAUGAUGGCGUUUUCCUACUCGAAAUCACAGAAAAGAUCACAAAAAGAGAAAACUUAAGUCAAGAAAUGAUUCAUAAGGAUUUGGCCGAUCCAGCAACUGUCGACAAUUAUUUUCCUUAUGCUUAUCCAUUGCCGUUUGCUGCCAUCAAUUUCUGCAUCUAAAUCGUUAUUUUCAUUUCUGUGCAAGCAAUGAUCACAGCUUUUGAACAUAAAAUUCUUAUGUUCAAUCAAAAUAAUUUCAUAUCCAUUUUUACGAGUAAAUUCUAUGUUUACUCUUUAAGUCUGUCGUUAUGUUUUCUUUUUUGACAUUAAAAACAUAAAAUUAACUGUCUGGAUCUGAGAAAAAAAUAAUCAUAAAUUACUCGAUGAAAUAUUUUUUCAAAGAUGUUAAAGCUUUCCAUAAAUCGAAUUCUCAGUAACUUUAAACUUUUAUUAUAAUUGGAAAGCGUUUUGUUUGUUAUUAAAAUAUGAAUGACUCGUAAUUGUUGUUUGACACUGGAAACAUUUAAUAAAUAAAUAAACAAGAAUGUUUUUUUAUAAUCAACAA